AUGGAAUCUCCAUACUCUCGUUACCAGGAAUGCUGUCGACUUAACUGCGCUGUCCACAUGGAGGACAAGGCAAGACAAUUGCAUGCUCGGCAGGCAGUCAAGGAAGCGAGAAGUAUGAAGAUGCCUGCGAUCAGCAGUUCGCAGGAGGAGGAAAAAGCAGCAGCGUCUUCAAGCAGUAGCACGGCGCGCGAGAAAUCGCAGAGGAAGCGUCUCCAGAUGGACUGGACGCAGCCGUUCAAAGGAACAGCAACAGCGAUGAUCGACUCAGGAUCGUCGAUCAAUCUCAUCACCCCACAAACGGUGAAUGAUUGGAAGAUUCCAUGGGUGCUCAAGAAGAGACCCUACCGAGUGUACACAUUUGGAGGAAAAAGCCCUAGCUAUGAGCAGGAACAGGUACUCAGAGAAACGGUACCAAUGAAGGUUGUCAUCAAUGGAGACGAACAAGAAAUCGUGUUCGACAUCACCCCCAUUGGAAAGCACGACGCCAUUUUGGGCAGACCGUGGUUGAGAAAAUACAACCCGGAUAUUGACUGGAAAUCUGGGAAAUUAAAAGAAUACCAGAUGCUCCCACCAGCACGACAACCGUUGAAGAAGUCUCACAAAAACGAUCAACUCAAGGACGUACCCGUUCAGUACCGAGGGUACAACAUCUUUCGAUCCUCUUCCGAGUGCACGCUGCCAGAACACGGUCCAUGGGACCACGAGAUUCCCCUGAAAGAAGGAACCAAGCCGAAGAGCCACAAGAUCUACCAGCUCAAUGAAGCUCAGAUAAAGGCUCUCCGGGAAUACAUCGACGAACGACUAAAACUGGGACACAUACGAGAAUCUCAGUCCCCCUGGGGCUCCCCAGUACUCUUCGUACCUAAGAAGGAUGGAGAACUCCGAUUAGUCGUCGAUUACCGCUACCUCAACAACGAAACCGUCAAGAAUCGAUACCCAUUGCCACUGAUCCAGGAAAUGAGGGACAGACUCGGCAAGGCCAAGAUAUUCUCAAAAUUCGACUUGACGUUAGCAUUCUCCCAAAUCCGCAUGAAAAAGGGAGAAGAACUCAAAACGGCAUUCAGGACUCCCCUAGGUCACUACGAAUACCGUGUCAUACCUCAAGGACUCACCAAUGCGCCCGCAUCGUUCCAAGCUCGAAUCGAUGCCGUGCUCCGACAAUUCGCAGGAGAAUUCGUGAUGGCAUACAUCGACGAUAUCAUCGUGUUCUCCGAGAACGAGGAAGAACACGAGAAACACGUCCACAAGGUGUUAGCCGCCUUAGAAAAGGCUGGACUCUCGAUGGAUCCAGCGAAGGUCAAGGACAUCGCUGAAUGGCCAGCACCAACCAGUGUUACCGGAGUCAGAGGAUUCCUAGGAUUCAUUAACUUCUACCGUCGAUUCAUCAAGGGAUUUGGAGGAAUUGCCAAGCCGCUCAACGACUUGACCAAGAAGGACGUACCCUUUGUAUGGUCCAAGGGGUGCGACGAGGCUUUCAACACCUUGAAGGAACUGAUGCUGAAGCAUCCUAUUCUCAAACUCCCCGACCCCGACAAGCCGUUCGAAGUAGAAACCGACGCUUCGGACUGGGCUAUGGGAGGACAAUUAGGACAACGAGACGAACAAGGUCGUCUCCACCCAGUCGCUUUCUUUUCGAAGGCAUUCCGAGGACCAGAGCUCAACUACCCAAUACACGACAAGGAGCUCAUGUCCAUCAUCUGGGCCUUCAAGGAAUGGAAACCUUGGCUAAGCGGAACCGAAGACCCCGUCCUGGUAUAUUCCGAUCACAAGAAUCUCACGUGGUUCACGACCUCAAAGGAACUCAACCAAAGACAAACGCGAUGGUCCGAGUUCCUGUCACAGUUCAACUUCACGAUUCUGUACCGAAAGGGAUCAGAAAACGCCAGAGCUGACGCGCUAAGCCGACGAGAGGAUCUCAAGGAAUCAAAGCAGUCAACCUCGUCACCCGCGCUCUUCCAAGCAAAUGAAGACGGAUCGCUUCGCCACGUCCCUCCCGCCGACAUCGACCUCAACAUGGAAGACGACCUUAAGGUCUACGUGGUUACCAAGGGAGAACCAGACGACUGGAUUGAACGCAUCAUGGAUGCACAGCACGAGGCAGAUGACGAAGAAAUCAAGAAGCACUUCGCCACGUCUAUCGAACCAUGGAUGCACAAUGGUAAGCUGUGGGUACCUCCUCGCCUGCGAAAAGAACUCGUACGGGAUGUACACGAAUCCCCAGAGGAAGGAGGACACGCCGGAAUAGCUCGCACUAUUGCUCGCCUGCAGGAAACCUUCGGAUUCGCCAAAAUGAAGGACGUAGUAACUAAGGUCCUACACGAAUGCGAGGUUUGUCACAAGACCAAGGCCAAUCGACACAAGCCAUAUGGCCUCCUCGAGCCACUCCCUGUCGCUGAGGGACCCUGGCAAUGCGUAACGAUGGACUUCAUCACGAAGCUACCCGUAUCAAGGGACCCAGCCACGGGCAUUGAAUACGACAGCAUUUUAGUGGUUGUCGACCGAUUCACCAAGUUCGCGUACUUCUUGCCUUUCAGAGAAGAUACUGGCGCGGAACAACUUGGCCACAUCUUCAUACGACACAUCACUUCCAACCAUGGCUGGCCAAAGGAACUCGUGACUGACAGAGACAAGCUAUUCUCGUCACGAUUCUGGAAAGCCUUCAUGAACAAACUAGGUGUCAAACACAAGAUGUCAACAGCAUACCACGCAAGGACUGACGGUCAGACGGAAAGAAUGAACCAAGUCUUGGAAGCUUACCUACGAGCAUACGUCAACUACGAACAAGACAACUGGUCAGAACUACUUCCGACAGCGCAAAUGUCCUACAACAGCUCAAAGACAGAGACUACGAAAGUCACACCAUUCUUUGCCAACUUUGGAUAUGAAAUGAGUUCGCGCAGAGGAUGGGAUGCAGAAUUCUUUGUGCCCAGAGCACACAUUCGCGCUGAGAGACUCAUCGAGAUGCAUCAGACACUCCGCGACGAACUCACAUUCGUACGUGACAGGAUGAGCAGAUAUUACGACCGCACUAGAUCGACGGCGCCGAUCUUCAAGAGGGGAGACAAAGUUUACCUCCUCCAUCGUAAUAUCAAAACAAAACGACCCAGUGACAAACUCGACUAUAAGAAACUGGGACCAUUCAAGGUUCUCGAGAAAGUUAGCACUAGCAACUACCGUCUUGAACUACCCAAAAGCAUGCGACAAUGGCCUACCAUCCACAUCUCACUACUGGAACCAGCGCCCAAGAACGCCAGACUCGACAAGAAGGUCGAAACCUGGAACGAGGGUGACGAGUUCAUGGCAGAAGGCAUAUUGGACUCCAUGAUCGAAAACGGAAACAUCAAGUACUUUGUCAAAUGGAAAGGUUAUGGACACGAAAGCAAUACAUGGGAACCCCCAGAAUACCUCCUCAACUUCAAGAAAGAGAUUGAGGAUUGGCACGUCAGAACCCUGACCGACCGAAGCCGCCAACCGCUCCAAGGCCCCAGGAGACAUCGAUUCCAGCUCUCUCAACCAAUCGUCAGAGCCCUCCCCGGCGACGACCUCGUCGUUAAUAACACCAGAACUCUCCCCAUUCGAGUUUGA